AUGGCUCCUUCUUUGACCGAAACAACCCCGGUGGUUCCCAUCGUGGAAGACAAGAUUUCACUGAAAGGCUCUGAGCGAACUCCUCUUAAAUCUACCGGUGUAUUGGAUGCAUUCGAGUCUUUUGAUGUUACUCCGGUAAUUGGACGCGAGUUUCCUAACGCCAGCCUGAAGGAUUUCCUGCGUGCUCCAAACUCGGAUGAUUUGCUUCGCGAACUCUCUCUGACUAUUUCGCAACGUGGCGUGGUAUUCUUCCGCAAGCAGGACGGCCUUGACGACAACUUGCAGAAAGAACUCGUCCAGCGUCUGGGUGAGCUUUCAGGCAAGCCAAAGACUUCUGGACUGCAUAUUCACCCUAUUGUCAACUCCGGUCGCGAACACAGCGUAACAGAUGACGAGAUCAGUGUUAUCAGCUCCCAGCAACGGCAAAAGCUGUACACCGACCGAAAUGGCCGGAGACAAACCUCUCGUACCGAAUGGCACAGCGACAUCACCUUCGAGCCCAUUCCCAGCGACUACACUCUCCUUCGCUUGACUGAACUUCCCAAGACUGGAGGUGAUACGCUGUGGGCUUCCGGAUACGAGGUCUACGACCGCCUCUCUGAACCAUAUCAGAAGUUCCUCGAGGGCUUGACUGCCACCUAUGCUCAGCCACGCUUCAAUGAUAUUGCCAAGAAGAAUGGCUUCGAGGUUCACCCUGGUCCUCGCGGAGCUCCCGAGAAUGUUGGCGAGGAGCUGCGCGCAGAGCAUCCUGUGAUCCGUACCAACCCAGUCACUGGAUGGAAGAGUGUUUUCGCUGUUGGCACUCAUGUUCAAAAGGUCAAUGGUGUUACCGAUGAGGAGAGUGCUCAUCUUCUCAGAUGGUUCGUGGAUCUCAUCGUCGAGAAUCAUGAUUUACAAGUGCGCCUCCGUUGGCAGAACCCGAAUGACCUCGCUAUCUGGGAUAACCGAUCAGUCUAUCACGCUGCUACUUGGGACUACGAGGAGAUUGGCCCGCGAACAGGACAUCGCGCUGUUGGGCUUGGAGAGAGACCAUAUCUGGACCCGAACAGCACUAGCCGUCGCGAAGCAUUGGCCAAGGAUCAAUAG